UUUUUUUUUUUUUUUGUCCAAAUUAAUUUUUUAUUUUUUUAUUUCAAAACAUUUGAUAUCUUCAAAUUAAAAUUUCCAUGGAAGCUCAACAAAUUCUUUCUAGCUUUUGUCCAAAAUCAUCAUCAGUGUCAUCAAUUCCAAUUGCAAAACAACCAUUCUCUUUAAAGUUCCCUACUUUACCUUCUUCUUCUUCUUCUUUAUGCCCUUCUAUUCAGUUCCAGAAUCUUGAGGUUCCUCCUAGUGGAGCUUUUCAUGCCAUCUGCACUGUUCACAGAGGAGUGUGUUCUAGUUCUAGGAGGAGAAUAUGGUGUAGCAGGAGUAAUAUUUCUACAGAACCAAAGGAGGGGCAUGGGGUGAAAGCUCAGGUCAUGGUGAGAAGGAAAAAGCUGGCAGUUUUUGUGUCUGGUGGAGGAUCCAACUUCAGAUCAAUUCAUGAGGCAUCCAAAAGGGGAUCACUUCAUGGAGAUGUUCUUGUACUGGUCACAAAUAAAAGCGAGUGUGGAGGUGCAGAGUAUGCAAGAAAUAAUGGAAUCCCGGUUUUAUUGUUCCCAAAAGCAAAGGAUGAAUGCGAUGGAUUAUCUCCUAGUGACCUCGUUGAUACACUAAGGAGAUUUGAGGUUGAUUUUAUUCUUUUAGCUGGAUACCUCAAACUUAUACCAGUGGAAUUGAUCCGUGCUUAUGAAAGAUCUAUAUUAAACAUUCAUCCAUCACUUCUUCCAGCUUUUGGAGGCAAGGGUUACUAUGGUAUGAAGGUGCAUAAAGCAGUAAUUGCUUCUGGAGCAAGAUUUUCUGGUCCUACUGUUCAUUUUGUCGAUGAACACUAUGACACGGGACGUACCCUUGCCCAGCGUGUUGUCCCUGUGCUUGCUAAUGAUACUGCAGAGGAGUUGGCUGCAAGGGUUCUUAGGGAGGAGCACCAGUUAUAUGUGGAGGUGGUAGAGGCUUUAUGUGAAGAGCGUAUAGUUUGGAGGGAAGAUGGUGUUCCUCUCAUCCGAAGCAAAGGAAACCCCAAUGAGUUUCAUUGAUUAUCGUUGACAUGGGUAUUUUGGUUGGAGAUUUUGUUUAUGAAACUUAACAUUCACACUGAAUCAGUUGCUAAUGAAACUUCAUAUUUACACCGGGGUACUCAUGUAGCUCCCCCUCCAAGAAUAUAAUAAGCAAGAAGUGUCAAACUUUUCUCCCGAUUACCUGUUUUGUAUAAACUUCAAUCUGCUCUCAAUAUUCAUAUUGGGUCGAUCUUAUUUUUUGGCCUCCUUCAUUCCCCACACAAGAUUUCAUUAACAUGUCAUGAUUUUGCCCCAUUAAUAAAGAAAUUGUCUA